AUAUCCAGCGAGCCGGCCUGUCCCCGAGCGGCUGAUUCCUUCGCGUUUGCCCACUGCCGGGGGCCAUGGAUCAGCACCGGAGCAGCAGCCUCAGGUCGUACACGUCCAACGCCUCGUCCCGGGCGGGGUCCUUCGACUUCGACCACGACCAGGACAAGGAACGCGCCGGCCUGACCGGCGGCGGCGACCGCCGGGAGGUCGUCGUCAAGAUCGACGCCGAGCCGCACUCGCCUGUCUCCCUCCACGCGCCCGGCGGCGUGUCCGGCCACAGCUCAGCGGUCAGCACGCCGCGGGCCGGCGGCGCGGUGAGCAUUCUCGCGCCGUCCGCGUCCGGGUCGAGCGCGUCGACCUCCAGCCCCGGGGGCGACGCGUCCCGCUCCGGCGAAUCGUUCAGUUUCAAGAACCGCCCGCCGCAGUCUCCGGCCGGCGGGGAGUCCAGCGAAGAUCCGCCCAGCCGUCUCAUUGGCAACUUCCUCCGGAAGCAGGCGGCGGCUGGCGGCGAGCUGACCAUCGACCCCGACUUCGAUGUGGACGAGAUGAGAAGGCCACCGCGCGCGCCGACGUCUGCCAACAACGCCUCCAGGGAGCUGCGCGUCUCGUUCCAGGACCCCCGGAAACGGUUCUCCCCGUCCACGUCCACGGCGUCCUCCUCCUCGUACGACGGCGGCGACAACCGGAACCAGAGCAACAUCGACUUGGACACUGCCGAGGUUCUACGCUGCACGUCCACGUCCACCGGUUCCUCCCUGCUGGCGCGCAGCAAGACGCGGUCGAGGCUAAUGGAUCCCCCGCCGCCGUCGUCGUCGAGCGCCGGCCCCGCCGGCGAGGGGGAUCCCCGAAAGUCAUUUGUCUCAAAGGGGCUGCCGCCCAAGUCCGGCCAGCUCCGGUCGGGUCUCAUCGGCAAGUCGGGUCUCAUCGGCAAGUCGGGGCCCAUCGGCAAGUCAGGUGCCUUCGACGAUGAGGACGACGACCCGUUCGUGGACGAGGGCAUGACCUCGGACUUCAAGCGCGACACCAUGGACUGCCUGCUCAUCAUGGAGUGGGUCAGCCUGGUGGUCAUCGUGGCCGCGCUGAUCUGCAGCGUCACCAUACCCAGCCUGUCAAAAAAGAAGCUCUCGGGGCUCCACCUCUGGAAGUGGGAGCUCCUGGUGUUCGUGCUCAUCUGCGGCCGCCUCGUCUCCGGCUGGGUCAUCCGCAUCGCCGUCUUCUUCGUGGAGCGCAACUUCCUGCUGCGGAAGAAGGUGCUCUACUUCGUCUACGGCGUGCGCGGCGCCGUGCGGAACGUGCUCUGGCUCGGGAUCGCGCUCGUGUCCUGGCACCUCCUGUUCGACAAGGACGCCAAGCGGGAGACGCACACGGUGGUGCUGCAGUACGUCACCAAGGUGCUGUGCUGCCUCCUCGUGGCCACCGUGAUCCGCCUCGUCAAGACGCUGCUGCUCAAGGUGCUCGCCUCGUCCUUCCACGUCUCCACCUACUUCGACAGGAUCCAGGAAGCGCUCUUCAACCAGUACGUCAUCGAGACCCUCUCCGGCCCGCCGCUAGUGGACGAGAGCCGGAUGAUGGCUGAGGUGCAGAGGCUCCAGAGCGCGGGAGCAUCCAUCCCCAGUGAGCUCGAAGCGACAGCGAUGCCGGGCAAGUCCGGGCCACUGCCCAAGAGUGGGCGCCUCACCACGGUCGCGUCCAAGCGGGGAGGAGGAGCAGGGGCCAGCAAGCAGCUGCAUAGGCAGAAAACCGAGCUGCAUCUGGAUGACGGCAUCCCGAUUGACCAGCUUCACAGGCUCAGCCAGAAGAACAUCUCUGCGUGGAGCAUGAAGAGGCUGAUGAAGAUCGUCCGGUACGGGGCGCUGACGACGAUGGACGAGCAGCUCAAGCAUGCAACGGGCGAGGACGAGCUGGCGACAGAGAUACACAGUGAGUAUGAGGCCAAGGUUGCGGCAAAGAGGAUCUUCCAGAACGUCGCCAAGCCUGGAUCCAAGCACAUAUACCUAUCAGACUUGAUGCGCUUCAUGAGGCAGGAAGAAGCUUUAAAAGCGAUGGAUCUUUUCGAAGGAGCGCAGGAGCACAACAGGGUCAGCAAGAGGUCACUCAAGAACUGGGUGGUAAACGCAUUCAGAGAGCGCAAAGCUCUUGCCCUGACGCUCAACGACACCAAGACCGCAGUGAACAAGCUGCACCAGAUGGCCAACGUUGUGGUCGCGCUCAUCGUGCUUGCGCUCUGGCUUCUCAUCCUGGGGAUCGCGACGUCCAAGUUCUUCGUCUUGCUCAGCUCGCAGCUCCUCGUGGCGGUGUUCAUGUUCGGGAACACUCUCAGGACCAUCUUCGAGGCGAUCGUGUUCCUCUUCGUGAUGCAUCCUUUCGAUGUCGGCGACCGAUGCGAAGUUGAUGGAAUGCAGGUGGUUGUGGAGGAGAUGAACAUCAUGACAACGAUCUUCCUCCGAUAUGACAACCUCAAGGUGUAUUAUCCAAACAGUCAGCUAGCCCAGUUACCGAUCAUGAAUUACUACAGGAGUCCUGACAUGGGAGAUGCGGUGGACUUCACAGUCCAUGUCGCAACACCCGUGGAGAAACUGUCCCUCAUGAAGGAGAGACUAAUGCAUUACCUUGACAACAAGAAGGAGCAUUGGUACCCUGGCUCCAUGGUGGUCCUGCGCGACGUGGACGACACGAACAAGCUCAAGGCCUCCAUCUGGUGCCGCCACACGAUCAACUUCCACGACAUGGGGCUGAGGUUCGAGCGGAGAGAGCUGCUCCUCCAGGAGAUGAUCAAGAUCUUGAGAGACCUCGAGAUCGAGUACCGGAUGCUGCCGCUCGACGUCAACGUCCGGAACGCGCCGACCAUCCAGUCCUCGAGGAUGCCGUCGACAUGGACGUGUAAUUACUGACAUUUUUUUUUUUUUGGUUUGCUGGAUACACAUCAGGCUUUGUUAUGAGAUCGUGCUGCUAGAUCGAGGUAGUAGUUUCCUGAGUGAGUUGAGCUGUGACAGCGUGCUGAGACGAGAGGCAAACAGGUUUUCGCUGUCGCUGCAGCCAUCACUUGUGCUUUCCCUGUAGCUAAUUGUGUCGUUGGUCCCUAACUCCCAUAGCUUAAUUUGGUGCUCAUGAUAAGUGAACUUCUUCUGCUAGAGAGAAUAAUGUUGAUUAUCUAGCUUAUUUAAAA